GUCGCCUUGGAUUCGCUAUUCUUAGGUGGAUUGGUUCGAGAGAGUCUCCACAGGGCAUUCGAGCAGAGGAGCUUCCCAAGUUCCAUAGCACCUCAUCAACUACGUGGAGGUCACGAUGGAGGUAAAAGAGGUGGUAGGGGUAUCAGUAGGGACGAUGGAGACGAGAGGACAUUUUCCUCGUCAAGAACAAGUAAGAGGAAAUUAGAUGAUCAAGAACAAGAGGCAAAAAUAUUAGAUGACGUGGAUCGAGAUCGAGAUCAUCUCCCAGAUAAUAGGUUCCGAGGAGAAGUACAACCAGGUACAAGUGGCAGCGAUGAUCAUGAUCAAUCUGGUAAUGUUGAUCAAUCUGGUCUCUUCUCUCAGAAAGUAGAUAGACUAGGCGAAAGGCAAUUGCAGGCGAAUGAAACGGUGGCACAACUAGAUCAUGCUCUAGUACUUCUCGCUGAAGAUGAACAAGUUCUCCGUUUAGGUUCGACUCUUGGUGCUGGUAGUUCCUCGUUUACGGAAAGAACGGGAACAAACGCCGGUUUUGGAACAAAAUGCGCCCCCCAUGUCACCUUAAGCAGGGUGGACGAAUUUUUUUCUCAAUUUGUUAAUACAAUAGAAGCAAAGCAUUUUUGAACACUCACUCUCACUCCGCUAUGGUUUGGCUUUUGGUUUUUACCUUAGAAAAGGUAUGCGUGUAGCAAUUAGUGCAGCUACCUUAACCUUGCAGCUGCUCGUUGCACUUUUUGCUAAUGCUAAGUUGUAGCUUCUUGGCUAUUAGAAGAUUAACCACUACGCCAGCAUCCUCGUGAUCUCGCACGUCUACAUGGUUCUUCGCUCUACUUCUAGUAGAGACGAAAAGAAGCCAGAAGUCGUGAGCAGCAGGACAACUACAAUUAUAUAUAUGUUAAUAUGCAUAGGGAUAGCUACAAUUAUAUAUGACUCAGGGCCGAACGGCCCCCCCUCCCCCCCCCCCUGUGGUCUGGUCGGUGGUGGCGCGCUUUUCCGCGCGGAUUUUUCGCGGAUUCUCGUGGUGGAAGGCCUCAAAACUUGGCGCCUUCCUCCCCUUGGGCCUCUCAGCGUGUUCCCGAGGGCCAUGGUCGCAAGCAAGCCGCUGCCGGUGCACUGCUGCCAUCUAACCCCUCAAGUCUGUAGGGUACAUGCAAACGAGAAGGAGGCAGCGAGCCCCUUGGCCCCCCUCGAGGACUUCCGCCGACGUCGGAGGCCUCUAGGGGAACAGCCAAGCAGCUGGGACGGAGCGGAGGCGGCCCCCCUUGCGGCCCUCUUGAGGCCUUCCACCUACGUCCGAGGCCUCUAGGGGACCCCAAGCACCUGGAAGGGAACAGGGGGGGGGUGGGGGGGCCCGGCAGAGGCCUCAAAAAGGGCUCCAGGGCGCCCGCGCCCCCUCCCGCUAAGGGGGGGGGGCGUCGCCCCGCGCCCUGGAACAUAUGUUGAUAUGCAUAGGAUAGGUUCACUAUUUUUUUCUUUGGUAGCUACAGCAACUCGGUUAUCAUCAAGAACAACAUACAAAUACUCUUCAACAACAUCUUGAUGUUCUCGAAAAUUUUUUUUGUAACUGCAUCGGUAUCUUCAGUAACUGUUGUAACUCAACAUCAUGGACGAGGGAAUUAUCUAUUAAUCAUCUCUUUCAUAGAUGAUUAUUUACAGAUUCCCUCCUCUCUUUCAUAGAGGAUCAGUAACUCAACAUCGGUUCUGAUGCUUAUCAAUAUCUCUAAUGAAGAACUUUGCUCAGGGAGAUGGCAAACUGUUCUAUAAGUCCGAGUCGCAGGUCGCAGGCCCAGAAAGACUGGGGGUAACGGUGACAAUUCCGGAUGCGCACGCCGGAUCGGACGACGGGGCGCUCGAGUACCAUUCGUGUCUACGCGGAGCCUUCGGUAUUACGACGCCGAAGCGUCCUUGGACUUGGACAACGGAAUUGGUUCUCGCAUUAUGUUGUUGAAAGGAAGAAAAUUGAAAUUAGAACGCAGAUACUUCUCAUAGGAGAAGAAGAACAAUAAUUUCUUAAGUAUAGAAGAUGAGAAUAAUAAAUUAAUGAUCAUAUAACUGAUAUUUAGUGUUCAUCCACUUAAUUUUUUCAUAAAUGCGGGGCGUCUACGACAAUGUAGUACUUCCGAAGAAGGAUAAGAAACCACGCACUGACGGUGAGCGAAUGGCGGCUGCGCAAGUGGAGCAACUUUUGCUGAAUAAAGUGGAGCGAUGCUGUGGAGAACACUUGAAUUACAAAUAUCGCUUAAGGCCGGGGCAGCUAGUUCGUUGUAGAAAAAGUACUUCUUGUACUAGUAGAAAACGUACUACUACUUGUUGUUCUUGUACUAGAAGUUGUAGAUAAAAAAAAGUACUUCUUGUACUGGUAGAAAAAAGACUUGAUGUAAAAGUUCUUCGGUAGAUCGUUCCUCUUGAUUAUAAUACGCUCUUCUUGUACUUGUUCUUCCGAUGAAGUAGUAGGUUCGUGACUGUCAACCUACUUCAUCUUCUCUUGGUGAUCAUAUGCAGCUACAUCUUCGUUCCUCUUCCACCUCAGCUUCGCCUUUGUUCUCUUAGGCGACGCCUUUUUUCUACAGAUCCACCAAAACAUCCUGAAUCUCGCUCAAGCUUUACAUCAAAUCUAAGGACGACGAUGACUACAAAGGGCGGCCAUUCUCAUUACGAUUCUGCUUACGCGGAGUCGCGGCAAAACCCAAAGAAUCCGGAGUAUGAAUCGGUUGAAAAGCAGUGGGGUCGCAUGGUCUUCUGGGGAGUGCAUUAAGAGAAAAUUGAUAACCUAUUCGUCUAGUUCUCAAAGUCGUGGACAGCGAAUCAGACGGAAGAAGUUGUGGGGCUUCCAGAAUGAUUGGCUUUGUUACUUCUAACUUUUGAUGUCACCUCUAACUUUUGAUAAUACUGAAAAAAGACAAAAUGGAAGAGCUGUCGAACAGAUGCUAUCCCCUUGCGACGGACUCGGGGUGGGCCGUGAUGAGUGAGGGGCUUCAGCCGCAGCAGGGCUACGAGUGGUCCACAACCCGAUUGG